CUGCCACCUUGCGGUCGCGCUGGCUACUACAUUAGCAACGGACAGUAAUGGCGGCCACGUUGCAGACAGCACCCGGCGUGAGCAAUAUGCUGCAGUUUAUGAAAUUUAUCGGACAACUCAAAAGGGUCCCAAGGACCGGCUGGGUGUACAGGAAUGUGAAGAAGCCAGAGAGCGUAUCAGACCACAUGUACCGCAUGGCCCUGAUGUCUCUGACCAUCACUGACCCCACAGUGGACAAGGACAGGUGUAUAAAGCUGUCUCUGGUUCAUGACAUGGCAGAGUGCAUUGUGGGAGAUAUCGCUCCGUCGGACAACGUCAGUAAAGCAGAGAAACACAGGCGAGAGGAGGAAGCGAUGAGACAUCUAACGGGUCUUCUGCCAGAGGGGCUCAAACAGGAGAUUUACGGACUGUGGGAGGAAUAUGAAACCCAGAGCAGUCCAGAGGCCAGGUUGGUGAAACAGUUUGACCUCCUGGAGAUGAUCCUGCAGGCUCACGAGUACGAAGAGUUAGAGGCAACGCCUGGAAGACUUCAGGAGUUCUUUGACUCCACCAACGGUCGUUUCCACCACCCAGAUGUGCUGCAGCUUGUCAGCUCUUUGACUGAAGAGAGGGGGCGUCGCGUGACUAAAACUGAUGACACAAAGAAUUCUGGGGACUCGCAGACCGCCGGUUCAGCAUCUGCACAGCCACACAUGACACACACACACACCUCCUGACUGUAACACACACACACAUACACAACAAGCACCUCCUUAGUGGAGGGACAGAGGUACUGGACUGGAACGCAAAAUGUGGGAAUCACGACUGCGUCACAUGACCAGAUCCGCGCCUGGAUGUGGAAAACUGUAUUUGGGGAAUUUUGAUUGUCAUCUACACAUCUUUUCUAUUUUACCUCAAUGCGUCUGUCUAGUGUCUGUGCUUGGUUCAGCUGUACUGGAGGACUUUGAGAUGGAGCACAGUCUUGCAGAGUUUAAUCCGUGUGCUCCUGGACAGUACAGUAUCAGUAUCUAUCACUAUGUAUGAUAAAUACCUUCCGACACUUACUAAUGCAAAAACUGCCAGAUGAUAUAUCAAUGCAAUAUGGUUAAAGGUUUCCGUAAAUGGGUUGGAAAUCCAAUAAAACCGAUAACGUUCUGACAUUCUCACAUUGGCUAUACAUUUACUGCCAAUGUAGAGAGAAAUUACAUAACUUUGCCAAAAUUUUCUUUACAUCAAAUAUCGUAAUAGCACGUUUCAAAGCCAUUGACAGAAACAUUUUGUUUUACAUUUUGACAUGUUAUUAUAGAUAUAUUAUCUGGCAGAUAUUACAUAGAAGGGUUAUCCAUAAAAAAAUAACAAUGAUGCUGCUCCAUCAGACUGUACUGCUGCAGCAUUCCACCUCCAAAACAGUGUCAAUGCAUUUUGUCAUGCAGUCUCAUUGUACAGUAUACAGCGUAUGUUAGAAAUGUAUAUUUGAGAGGCGCUAAAACACUGUACUCAGGAAGUCACAGAACUGCAAAUCAGAAAACAGUGAAUAGACUUGAAGUCAUUUAUCAUUUUUUUUAAACUGCUAUUUUAGUACGUUGAAUAGAACCUCAGUUGCACACUAUUACAUUUGUUACCAUCUGUUUGUUUUAUCUCAGUUUUUUCAACAAGUUCAGUCACAGUUCUCAGUGUUUAUUGUAAAAACAGUCACCUGCCAUAUGUGUUUUGGUUUAAACAAUCUUUAAUAUUGACACAUCAGCCAUAAAACCAGUUAUUUAAAA